AUGGACACCGCCCAGUUGAAACAGGAAUUUGAGAAGGCUAACGCGAAGUUAGAUAAGUUAGAAGCUUUAAGGCGUGGAGUAGAGGAAGAGUACCAAGGGGAAAGGAACGUCUUGGAACAGCAAGAGACUUAUUGGCUGGGAGAAAAAAAGAAGUGGGGAGAUGCUUUAGUUGUUGUUAGUACUCAACCAG